UGCACCACCUCCACACUGUCCCAGUUCCACCGCUGCUGCCGCCACCGCUCAGCUUCUCUCAGUGGAGGACGACUGACAACAAGGCGCAGGCAUCAAGCUGCCUUCGGCUCUUCACACGACCUGCCCCGGCAGCACAGCCGCGUACCGGAGCGAGUCCACCGCCUCAUCCAUGCAUUGGAGUCCCGGGCCCCAGCGCACCGGCUCCAGCCAUGUCGGCCGGGAAUGCAUCGGCUGGUGUCGGUGACAGAGCGGGAGGCGGAGAACCGGCAGAGGACCUGUUGGUCGAGGAAAACCAAAGCUGUGCUAUGUCUCUGUCCAGCCUGAUGUCUGCUUCCUCAGGUGCCGGCAUGCCCUUGAGCAUGGAGAUGCCCCGGAAGCGCAAGGGCAGCAUAGACAUCCAGGAUUCAAAAUCUGCUUCCAUUCCUGAUGCAGAUAUGGAAGACGACGAAAACGGGUCGGAUGGAGAUGACCAACACGUCAAAAUGAAAUGUCUCAGGGAGCCACACAGCCAAAUUGAGAAGAGGAGACGGGACAAAAUGAACACCCUCAUCGACAAACUCUCAGCCAUGAUCCCGACUUGUAACCCGAUGUCUCGCAAACUGGACAAACUCACUGUGCUUAGAAUGGCUGUGCAGCACCUCAAAUCUCUCAAAGGUUCAGCAGGUUCCUUUUCUGAAGCGAACUAUAAGCCAUCAUUCCUUCCUAAUGAGGAGCUCAAGCACCUUGUUCUUAAGGCGGCAGAUGGAUUCCUGUUUGUAGUGGGAUGUGAUCGUGGAAAAAUAGUUUUUGUCUCAGAGUCCGUCACGAAGAUAUUAAAUUAUAGUCGGGCGGAGCUGAUUGGACAGAGCCUAUUUGAUUACAUACACCCUAAGGACAUGGGGAAAGUGAAGGAGCAGCUGUCAGCUACUGAGUUAUACCCUCGUGAACGGCUAAUAGAUGCUAAAACCGGUCUGCAGGUCCAGGCCUACCUCCCAGUCGGCGGCGCACGGUUGUGUUCCGGCGCAAGGCGCUCCUUCUUCUGUCGCAUGAAGUACAACAAGGUUUCUAUCAAAGUGGAGGAGAAGGAAUUCCAGGCCAGCUCCUCCAAAAAGAAAGAGUCGCAGAAGUACUGCACAGUCCACUGUACAGGCUACAUGCGCAGCUGGCCCACCAGUCAGCUGGGAGCAGAGGGGGAGGGCGAGGCGGACAAGCAGGAAAGCUCCCACUUCAGCUGCCUGGUGGCAGUGGGACGCAUCCACUCUCACUCAUCUCCCCAGGUUAACGGAGAAGUGAGAGUAAAACCCACAGAGUUCAUCACCCGCUACGCCAUGGAUGGCAAAUUCACCUUUGUCGAUCAAAGAGCUACGACCUUUCUUGGGUAUCUUCCCCAAGAACUGCUUGGGACAUCAUGCUACGAGUUCUUCCACCAAGAUGACUUACCACAUUUAGCUGAUAGACAUCGAAAAGUGCUGCGGAGUAAAGAGAAAAUCGACACAAACUGUUACAAGUUUAAAACGAAAUGUGGCUCUUUUGUCACUCUGCAAAGUCAGUGGUUUAGUUUUGUAAAUCCCUGGACCAAAGAAGUAGAAUACAUAGUGUCAACUAAUACAGUCAUAUCUCAAGCCAGUCGGUCGGGAAACAAGUCUGAACAGUCGAGCAAGACUUCUGACGAUGGCAAGAAGUCCCUUCCCAUUAUCCCAGGCAUCUCCGCCACCCCUGGGGGUAUGAUUUAUGCAGGAAGCAUAGGGACACAGAUUGCCAACGAGCUGCUGGAUUUCAACAGGAUGAACUCAUCCCCUUCCAGUGGAAACGUCAGCCCCUUCAGUUUACAACAGGACAAGUCCCCACCAACUCACAAUCAAACCAGCAACCAUGUGCCAAAUGGAGAGGCAGCCGAUAUGGAGUUAGCAGGAAAGUCCAGCUCCGAGGAUGAGCCCCAGGGAGCUGCCUUCUCUGGAGGAGAGACACUCAUGGGGGAGAAUUCUCAGAUGGAUUUGGAAAGUGUAGUUGGACCAGGCCUUAGUAGCCUUAGCAAUGACGAAGCCGCCAUGGCCGUGAUCAUGAGCCUCCUGGAGUCGGACACAAACUUGGGCGAUGCUGUUGACUUUGAAGACAUACGCUGGUCUUUAUAGAAUCUGCUCUCACAGUGUGAAUCUGAGGCACACUGACAAACACUUGGACCAUCAGUUUUUUUGAUGACAAGAACUGCUUACUUCAUGAUGCCACAUUCGGUUUUUAAAAACCUUUAUUUAUUAGCUACCUUUUUCCACAUAAGCUGUGUAGUCUCCAUGUGGCAUGAGCAGGAUCGACGUCAAUGAGGGAUAUUCUUAUUUCCCCUUUUUCGGGCGGAGGAUUCGCCCCGAGGCCUUACAGGGCUCCGCCUGCCCUGAGGCGCUGUUUCCUUAAUGCUCUCCUCAUGUCUCCUGUCUGUCGAACUGAGGAGACCUCAGGAGGGUUAAGAACCACCGAUCACGAAUAACGGUGACAAGACGCACAUCAUGACAGCUCCGGAUUCCUGCUUGAAUUUCUCUCCACAAACGUGAUAAAAGGUUGGGAUUGACAAAGCAAAAUAAUGCACUGAAUCAACUUCAUGUUUUUUAAAAAGGUUGUAAUUUGAGUUGGUACUGUAUGUUUAAUUAAAAUGCAAGGAAGACACCGUGACAACGUGGCCCAUCUCUGUGACCCCCCCCCCACCCUCAGGAUCCAAACCGUAGGUAGGCAUUGUACCACGGAAGACCACACUUCCAUAAACCUCUAACUUUGACAGUCACCCUAAUGAUGUGCUGCUCAGAGAUUUCCUCUUGUCAGUAUCUGAACAUUUUCCUCGGAAAGGCUCCAAUAACCUCUUUUGUACACUGACUUGAACUUUACUGUAUAUAUGUUCAUUUGGUAUGAUUGCAAACACCAUGUCUUCAGGCCAUAUCUGUCUUAAAGGGAUAGUUUGCAUUGGAAGAAUAUUUAAAAUUUUAGUGCGUUCACUUUCAAGCUGCCCUGGAUACGUUUUGCUUUUAGCUCUAAGCAGUUAAUUUCGUUUGACAGAAGCCAUCACCUUCAUGCGUUUGUAGGAGAUUAGCAACUAAUAACCAGUCAUGUUCUCCUAUGGGUUCAAUAGGAGCACAACAGUAUUGCUUCAUGCAAAGUGGAACAGCACUUUAGAGGUGCUGGAAUGGAGGUCUGGUAGCAGUGGCUGAACAGCAGACCCGUUUCAGGUUCAGUCUCAUGGUGGAAGUCAUAACUCAGGAAGCGAUGGAAGCAGAGCCGCCCCAUGCAAUCAGAAAACGACAGUUCAGUGUAAGUGUAGCAGUGUUUUGUCCUUCAGUUUACGCCUCACAUUCUCUCCCGCAUGCUGUGCGUUGGUAUGUGGGGUCGGAGUCCCCAGUCUGUACCUGUUCAUCUGUUCCUCUCCUCUCACACUGAUUGUCUGCUUUGUAAUCUGGCAGCUAAGCCAUAGCUUUAGGUGGGUUUUUGUUUUUUUCCUCAUGUACUUUAAUGCACUGACGGUCUUUCAGAAGACGUGUUUAUGUUUCAUGUGCCCGUCGUGACCCUGCAUUCAUUCAAGGGAUUAUGCUAUGCAGACCGUUCAUUCCAUAAAUUCAAAAUUUCAGGAUACGUCUCUUUAUCUUUCCUUGUUAUUGUCACUCUCGUAUCAUGCAUGACUCAACUUCAGAAGACGUUAGACAUACUGAUGACUUUUGGUGAGAACGUGAAGAAGUCGCGUAUGGUUCCUGUUUCCAUUUAGCUAAUCCAGAGCUCUGUUUGGCCCCUGCUUACAAUUGCACGUCUUUUUUCAACACUCAUAGCCAUCGUGUUACGAGCUAUAUGUUAGCGAUCAUGUGGAAGUGAGAUGGAAAAAUUAGAAUUGACUCAAAUUAUUGUCGGUGGAAUUUGAAAAUAUUGGUUGUUUAUGCCUUGCCGAUGCCAAAAAAGUUAUUUUGAGGAUAAACACCAAGUUGUGAAAAUAAACAAAGUCUACACAUUAUAAUAAAGAAAUUAAGAAGAAAAACUACUGAAAGUCGUUCAAUGAGCUCUUUGGGACAUUGUUUAUUCGGGGACUUAGAAAAACAAGACUGUUGUGUCAGUUACCCUUAUCGAGUCAGAACCUGUGAUCUUAUUUCCUUUUAAGCUGUAAAUCUGCAUCUUAACUCUUUGUUAUUCGUACCUGAACCAGUCAGUCCGAUAAUAGCCGUUAUUUCUGUCCACAAAGAUAGAUUACAUGGAACUGUGUUGCUUGAAUGCCAUGACCUUGUUCUCGUCGGUAACUCGGGGCCACAAUGUAUACUCAUCUGCUGAGGAUUUGUCCAAUAAGAACCUGAGCUAUGAGGAUAGAAAUGUUGGUUGUGAAUCAUGGAGAAAACUGACUUCUACCUCUAAAUGCUUGAAAGUACGAGGACCCGGUGGACGGAGCAGCUGAGCUCACAAGGAGUCUCCCGCCUGUGUCCAACAUGCCUUUGGACAUUUCUGCUCUGUCAACCAAUGGACCUGUUGCUUCUGGGGAUUGCCUCCCACGUGGCCCCUUCGUGGACUUAAAGGAGGGCUGAUUGGAUUCACUCGAUGCUACAUAGCGUACUGUGCACAUCAGGAAUGAAGUGUGAGCUCAUUCACAGAGUAAAGGGGAGCUGUACACGUUGGCUUCAACACUCAACAACACUAACCAAACACCCGGAGCUACGGAGCUGUGCCAUAGACACAUGCUGUUUGUUUUUUAAGCAAAAUGUAAAUUUUUCUUAUUUUUUGUUUGUCUCGUUCUUCAAUCAUUGCACUACAAUAACCCAGAAGGCUCUCACUUCAGCAUUUGACCCUCAGUGAUGAACUUUGCAAAGAGGGUCACACAAAUGUUCCUUCUGUCUCCAUUUGAAAUAAAACACUAUAGACUUUGUAUAUGAGCUAGGGAACCUCCCGUUUUGAUUUUCACGCCCUGCUUUGUUUCUAGUUGCAUGCUGUUACUCUAUCAUUUAUUGUUUUGUUUUUUGUAAGUAUUUUUUUUUGCACUGUUAGACUUGUUAAGGAACUUAACAACCUUUGGGCUUGUAUCAGGCAGUCUGGGGCUGCUGCCUCCAUUGUAUCACUUCCUGCCAUUUUUAUAAGUUCACUCUUGUUUGAUUCGUGGGCCCCAGAGGAAGCACUCACUUUAUCUGUACAUUAUUGCUGCUACUUAUGCCUGGGCUGUCUUCUCAGGAUGUCAUGUUAAUAAAUAUAAGUUGACUAAACCCUCAA